UUGCCGUAAGUUUUCGAUUGUUUUUCGUGCCGGUUUCAGUUACCGAUUGUUUUCUCGCUAUUUUGUCGUUUUCCGACGAGGUAUUGUUAUUGUGUCGUAAUAAUACUGAUAAAUUUGGCGGUGGAGCUGACUGUGUUUGGAAAUUGAGCUUUCGCGAUUUGACGAUCUUCUGAUUUUCUGUUGAUUGAUCUCGUUGUGAAUACCGACGAUUCGUGUAGACAGCUGUUGGGCGAAUAUAAGCUCUCCUAUUCAGUUGCCGCUGUUGUAGAUGGAAGCUCGCAGAGCAAAUAAAACACCAGCUUGCCAAAAUAUAACCAACAACUGUGGGUCUGUAGCAGAUCCCAGUAAUUCAACUAACUACAGUCGAGGGGAUCUUUCUAUGGAUGACCUCAAAACAUGUUUGACUGAAUCUCUGAGUGUUGAAAACAUUGAAAUAUCAGGUGGGGGCUUCAACCCAUCAUUUGGGAAGAAUUAUAAAGACAAUGUGGCAAAGGAAGAUGAACACGAAGGUGCAGAUAAAGUAAAAUCCAGUAAUUCAGCUUCUGCGGAACACUUUAGUAACACUGCUGCAUCUCUUGAUGAACCUAAAUCAUCCAUUGCUGCCGUGUUGAGUGGAGCAGAUGGGCAGGAGGAUGAUAAGACUAGUGAAGCUUCCAAAGUAAAUCGCUCUGCCAGGUCGGUUGACCAAUGUCAUUCACACUCCUCAUGGCAGAAUUCUCCUUUGAAGCUUGUAUCUGCCAUGAAAGGAAGCCGCGAAAGGCAGGGUACAGCGCCAAAGAAGCUAUCUGUGACCUGGGCCCCUGAUGUUUAUGAUCCAACUCCAACAGCAGCAUCACACGUUCCAUCAAGCAAGAAUCAAUACUAUCGCAGUGAUGGCAGGAAGCACGGGAAGAACAAGCAGAAGAGGGGUGGGAAAUCAUCACGAGGCAGCAGAGGCAAAGACAAGAAGCAAGCUCGGAAGAACAGUGGGGAUAGUGCUAAGUUAAAGCCUCUGCAUGAUAAUGACAUGAUUGAUACUACACAGCCUCUAGGAGGUGUUGUCGAUUAUCAUGGUGCCAGUCCUGAUCCGUUCUGCGGGAGUAGUUUUCUGAAGAAAUCUGUCGCCACUUUGCACUUUCCCGUCACGGAGGCCACUUGACAGUGGCAUUAUUUAGUGUGCUUUUAUUACCAUUGUAAAUGAAAAAUAAUGGUAAGAUCUUGAUAGUUAAACUUGUGAGACACUGACAUGCAAUAAAAUUUGUCAGAUGGUUAUCAUAGAUCACAUACAUUUUGUUGAUUGUACUUUAACAUUGUCUACGGUUUGUGAUACCCUUUCCUUCCAUUUGAGUAUACAUGCAAUAAAAUUCAUCAGAUCGUUAUCAUA